AUGGAUCCCGAAAACCAAAUCAGACCUCUGGCGAAGCCGGUGCUGGCUUGCGCGUUCCCCAUCUUCAUCAUCGCCCUCAUCAUAUACAGACUGUAUCUCCACCCUCUGAGCAAGUACCCUGGUCCGAAAUAUGCUGCUGUCAGUGGACUUGUCUACUGGUACGUUCUCGUUCGUGGCGACCUCGCCCACUGGUACCAUCGCAUGCACGAGCAGUACGGCGAGGUGGUGCGCGUCGGCCCCAACAAGCUGAGCUUCAUCAACCCGCAAGCCUGGAAAGACAUCUACGGCCACAAGGUCGGCGCCGCUGCCAAGAAGGCCAUCAUGAAGGACCCGGCAUCCUACCCGGCCGACGACAACGGCGAGCGCAACAUCGCCGUCAUCUUGGACGACCGGGAGCACAGCGCUGUGCGCAAAGUCUUCACCAACGCCUUCUCUGACAAGGCCCUCAAGCAGCAGGAGUCGCUGAUCCAGGGCUACGUCGACAAGCUUGUGAAGAACCUCUACGCCACCGCCGGCCAGGAGACGGACAUGAUCAAGAACUACAACUGCACCACCUUCGACAUCAUGGGCGACCUUGCCUUCGGCGAGCCCCUCGGCCUGCUAGACAAUUCCGAGUACUCGCCCUGGGUCAAGGCCAUCUUCAACGGUAUCAAGGCCGGCGCCCUCAUGAACUUCGGCUUCGAGUACUCGGCCUUCGGCGCCCUGUCCAACAUCCUCCUCCCCCGCUCCCUCCGCGAGAAGAAGGCUAUGCACUUCCAGUACUCUGUUGACCGCGUCGAGCGCCGCCUCGAAAAGGGCGACGUCACCGACAAGCCCGACUUCUGGACCCUGGUGCUCUCCAAGGGCAAGGACGUGCUCACGCGCCCCAAGAUGCACGCCAACUCGUCCGCCUUCAUGAUCGCCGGCACCGAGACGACGGCCACGCUGCUGAGCGGCUUGACCUACUACUUGCUGAAGAACCCGGAGGCCAUGGCCAAGGUGGUGCGCGAGGUGCGCGCGCUUGGGAGCGAGGACGAGUUGAAUCUGGAGACUCUGCAGCGGCUGCCGUAUCUGCACGCCUGCUUUGAGGAGGCCUUUCGCUGCUACCCGCCGGUGCCAGUUGGCUUGUGGAGGCUGGUGACUGGCCAGGGGACCCCCGUGUGUGGGGAGUGGCUUCCUGCCGGGACCCGCGUCACCGUCCCGCAGUGGGCGUCGUACCGCUCGCCCCGCAACUUCAAGGACCCGGAACGUUUCAUCCCGGAGCGCUGGCUGCCUGAUUCCGGUUUCGAAACCGACCGGAAGGACGCGUUGCAGCCCUUUUCGACUGGUCCGCGGAACUGUCUUGGAAAGAACCUCGCCUACCACGAGAUGCGCAUCAUGUUCGCCAAAGUGCUCUGGCACUUUGAUCUCCAGCUCAGUCCUCGGAGCGAGAACUGGGCAGAUCAGAAGGUGUGGACGCUGUGGGAUAAGCCCGAUCUGUUUGUGACGUUGAAGCCGGUGAUGAGGGAGUAG